AUGAAGUUCAGAUGCGCGUCACCAAAGCAGCGCGCACAGCUGAGGAGCUUCCCCGACGCCACACGGCACGAGAGACGGGGAGAUGCGUGGAUCACGAUCACGGGAGCUUGUGGAUGUGACACCACCCGUCGUUUGUACUUUCACAGAAUGUGUGAGCAGCGUUUGCAUGAGUAGCUGACCGAGCUGAUCUGGAUUCAGAGGACAAAAAAAGCUUCGCUGGCUGCGUGGAUCGUGGAAAAACCUCUCUGCUCCAACAGAUCUCGUUCUCUUUUCUUUCUUUCUUUUUUUUUUUUUUUUUAACCGAAUCCGGGAAAUGUUGGCAUGGCCACUCCCGGAGCUCAUAAGUGUCCGAAGAGUGAGAAGUUGGACGAGGCGCAGGCUUUGGCCAAAAGCUGCGCGGGGAGACCAGACUUCCUGCCGUGUGAUGGACUCUCCAUCUGCGCGACGCACAGCCACGGGAAGUGCUUCAAACUGCACUGGUGCUGCCACUUGGGCUGGUGUCACUGUAAGUACGUCUACCAGCCAAUGACCAAUGUGUGCCAGCUGCCCAGCACCUCCGUGCCGCCAGUGGGAUCAGAAUGCAGCGACACUAUUGACCUCUCCGUCUCUCUGGCUGAGCGCUUCCUGAAACUAGCGCCCAGCUUCCAGUCUCCACCUCACCUGGAGUCGCCCAAGUACUGUGUGAUUGCGGAUCUGUUUGUGGACGACUACAUUGUCAAAAGGAUCAAUGGGAAAAUGUGCUAUGUGCAGCGGCCCCUGCCUCCCUUACCAGAUCCGCCUCAGCCUUCCACUCCUCAACCGCCCCCUCCGGCUACACCUCCAAUGCCCCCUAAUCCUAGUCCGCCCCAGCCACCUGCUAGCCCGCAGCAGCCUCCUGCUCCACCGGUCCCACAGGCAUGCAGAGAACAGAGACACCUUUCCACUGUUGAAAAGCUAAAAGGCCCUAAAAUGGACCACUGCUCCUCCCCAUCCAGCUCUGAGGACUCGGGCAUCAACGCCCUGGGCCUCCACUACCUGGAGUCCUGCGAAGAGGGAAGUGAGGAUGAGGAUGGGUUGAGCACAGAUGGAAACUCGAGCCCUGGUAGCCUCUGGGAUCAGGACGACUGUUCUCUUCUCUCCCCCUCCAAGUCAAUGAUAGAAAUCAUCGAAAAGAUAGAAACAACUGUGUAACUGACAUGCAGAAAACCUCUUGUGGGGGAGAGCCACAGAGCAGCGGCUCCUAACAAAGAAUAGCACUCCAGGGUUUUAUUUCCCUUUGACUCACAGAGAGCAAACUCCAAUCUAGUGCUUCUGCUGGGUGGUGAGAGGUUCCUUCAGGCUGAAUCUGCUCUCCUGCAGAUGGCUGAGGACUAUACAGCCACAAUUUCACAGAGCCUCUCUUUCUGUCCGAUCCCCCCGCAUGGAAUUCAUUUCUGAGACCUAUUGGAAUCAAGGAUUAAGCUCAUAAAUCUUAAGAAACUGAAUAGUAGAUAUAAAAUGGCUAAAAUUCGAAGGUAGAGUAGAAACACUUCAAAACAGUCAUGAAAGAAAUAAAUGAUAGUAUUUUUUCCCUUGUAAGUUAUGGGAGCUCCAUUAUAUAUGAACAAGUAGGAAAUCUUUGGUGACGAUGAGCAGUGAGGUCGUUCUUUUUGUCCUCCAAUUGUCAGUCUUCAAAAUAAUUGAACAUCCAAGUGGCAGAUAAGGACGCCAUCUCUUAUUCACUGGUCAGCGACUCCACCCACACACAUAUUACUUAUCUGACACUUCAGCAUAAUGACUGCAAGGCCAGCUACCUCUCAUGGGCCUCAAGCACAUCAGCCUUUUAACCCGUUAAAGAUUCCCCUCCCUAGCUGCCGAUACGCCGCUGGCUUCUGUCGUGUUAGAAAAGAAGCUUUCAGACUCCACAGUUUGUGUGCACUUUACCGACACCAUCACAGGCAGGAGGUAGGCUGGUAUUUGACAAUCAAGAAUUACACAGAAGCACAUUCCUAUGCUGUACCUGCCACCGAGGAACACUUCUAGAACUAUUUACCAUGCAUUAAAAUGUUCUUCUGCUCACCUUUGUUUAAUUGACCCAAACUAAGCUGUGGAUCUAUUCAUGUUUAGAGGGAUAGUUCCAUUUUUUUUUAGAAGUGGGGUUCUGUGGAAAGUGUUUUAGCAGUUUGUGUCAAACACUUAACUGUAGGGUUGCAUUUUUACAUGCAGCUUACUAAAGGAAGCAAUUUGCUUCUUACAAAGCAAAUAAUAGCAGUGCAAGUCCAUGAAAAUCUGAUUGAAUUAAGGGCAAAUUUAUAUUAAAGUUUUGAACAGAUUAAUGUAUUUCCUUAUGUCCAAUUAAUUCUUUAAUGUGUGUGGUUAUUUAAUUUCUCUAUGGGAUUAAUAAAGUAUUUCUCAAUUGAACUAAAUUGUUCUAAAAACAUUAGAUAAUACUAGGUACAAAUAUUAUAACUAAAAUAUUUAAGGUUAUAUUGCCUUUGCAGUAAUAAUUGUUUUUUUAAAUAAAGGUAAUAAGAUCAGGCUUUAUUAUUCCCAACCAUUUAUGUACUUACCAAUAACAAGAAACCACUGUAUUUAAACUCUAGGGUGUCAUACUCUGAGAGUCAAUAUUCUAGAUGAUGCCUAGACUCCUUAUCUGCUAAACUUAGUGGUAUCAGAAAUUCUGUUAUCCAACAAGCAGGUAACUGACUGUUUAUAACAACUCCAAAGAACCCUGUUCAAAAACUUGGAACUUGAAAAUUAAGGUCUAUAUUCAUCUUUCUAAGGAGCCAGAUAUUGAAAUUACUCUGACAUAAUUCUGGCAACAAUAUUCUUACAUGUCUAGAUUAUAACAACUACAUAAUAUAUAUAUAUAUUUGCAUCUGGGGCUAUUAAUGCAAAUUUUAUGAUGAUUGAAGAGUAAGCUGAUAAAAAGAAAUAGAAUAGUUUGUCACUUAGUUCAUACUAUUGGACAGAAAUAAUCACGUAUUGCACCUUUAGAGGGAUAUUACAGUAUGACGUGGGAUGUUUAAUAGGUGUUGUGAUGUGAUCGCUAUAACAAGAAACAGGCCAGCCCUUUUAUUAGGUCAAAAAAAGGCGGCUGGAUAAUUUUUUUUCUCUAUUUUACUUUUUUCAUCACUUCAGUUAUUUUUCUUUUUGUUUUAUGUUACGCUUUUUGAAAUGCUAUCAGCAAAAAUUACCAAAAUUUCACACAAGUGUUGCUAAAAUUCUUUAAGCACAGAAAGCAGAAGUCAUCAUGCAUGACUGCAUUUGUUCUAACAAAUAUAUAUAAUAUAUAUAUAUAUAUAUAUAUAUAUAUGUAGUUUAACAAAUUUUGUGAUUCUAUGUAAAAAGAGCAGAUGAAUCCUAAUUCAGGGUGACAUUAUGUGGAGCAGAAUCCUUAAUACAGUUUAAA